AAAUGUUAGAACAGAUAGAAACUGAGAAGACGAGAAGACACGUCUUUAGACACACUCCUGAACCAACUUCAACUUGGUUUUCUUUCAACUUGGACAAGCCAUGGCAAUCUUUUAUCCUCUCAGGCUGGUGUCUCUGGCCAUGCUGAUUCUGGCGUCUCAGCUGGACUUUGCCAGUGCUGCUGUUCGAGUGUCUUCUAUAUAUGCCAGAGGCCUCACAGGUGACCCUUUUGGAAACCAACCAGAUCCAUACAUCAAGGUCUGGUGUGGCUCUACUUUUGGGGGGCAGACAGAAUAUCAGAGGGAUACUGCUAAUCCUUCGUGGUCUGCAGAGUUCAGCUUCCCAAACUGCAGAGUCGGUGCAAACCUGAAGCUGGAGGUGUGGGACAAAGACCUGAUAUUUGAUGAUUACCUGGGCACGUGUACCAAAACGUUGUCCAGAGGAGUUUUCAAUGCUGUUUGUUCUCUGAAUGCAGGAACUCUGUAUUACACCUAUAAUGUUCAGUAAAUCUCUCAGCACUUUGUUAAGCUGCUUUGAGACAAACCUCCAUCGUAAAAUGCUCAAGAGUAAUAACUGUUGAUUGAUGUUCAUCAAAAUGCUUCUAGUCUAUACGUUAGCAAAAAAAAUGUGUAAUCACAAUGUAAUCCUACCAAUAAAAAUCAAAUCUAAGUAGUC